AUGGCCGACAAUGCGCCAGUCGAUGUCAUUCGUUCCCAUCAAGAUGAUGACCGGGACUCGGUGACGAGGUCAAAGUCCAAGCAUCAAAACCCGCAAUUGCAGCCGGAACCUGACAUCGACCCCGGCGAUAAAUACAAGCACGAUGUCCCUCCAGAUGGUGGAUAUGGCUGGGUCUGCGUCGCCUGUGUCUUCUGGAUCAACGCCCACACCUGGGGAAUCAAUAGUAGCUACGGCGUAUUCCUCAGCUACUAUCUCUCCCAUGAUGUCUUCCCUAACACGUCGGCCCUCUUCUACGCCUUCACUGGUGGUCUCAGCAUUUCAUGUGCAUUGCUUGUGGCUCCACUCGCCACAUAUUUCAUCCAAGCCUUCGGCACUCGGCUCGUGGUCAAUCUCGGCGUCUUCUUCGAGACGCUCUCGCUGAUCGGCUCAUCCUUCGCCACGCAGAAAUGGCACAUCUUCCUGAGUCAAGGUGUCUGUUUCGGGUGGGGAAUGGGCUUCCUCUUUGUUGGUAGUGUUGGCAUCGCCCCGCAGUGGUUCCUGAAGCGCCGCAGCUUUGCGAUGAGCAUCACCGCCGCCGGUUCCGGUCUCGGGGGCCUGAUCUACUCGCUUGCAGUGGGAGCGAUCAUUCCCCGCUUUGGCCUUGGGUGGGCGUUCCGAAUCUUGGGCAUCAUUUCAUGCGUCGUGAACCUGGUGUGUGGGAAUCUGCUCCGCGACCGCAACAAGCUCGUUGGCAGCCGUCUGACAGCUUUCCACUUCCCGUUGCUGCGGCGGCCGGAGUUCCUCCUCUUUCUGGGCUGGGGCAUCUUCAGUAUGCUGGGCUACGUGGCGCUGCUGUUCAGUGUGGCCAACUUCGCCCUUUCGGUCGGCCUGACUUCGCACCAAGGGAGUAUUGUCUCCGCACUGCUGAACCUCGGGCAGGGUCUCGGCCGUCCUUUUGUCGGCAUGUUCAGUGACCGGCUUGGUCGUAUCAACAUUGCCACGUUCCUCACGUUCAUGUGUGGUCUGUUUUGUCUGCUCAUCUGGAUUUUUGCAGAUAGCAUGGGCGUUGUCUGCUUCUUCGCUGUGCUGGUUGGGACAGUCGCAGGAACCUACUGGGCCACUGUCUCCCCAGUGCUGGCGGAGAUUAUCGGGCUCAGAGACCUCCCCUCCGGCCUCAGCAUUACCUGGCUCGCUCUUGUCCCGCCGUGCACUGUCUCUGAAGCGAUUGCCCUUCAGCUGCGCACCAACAAGCUAGGUGGGGGUGUAUCUUACCUGAAUGUCCAGCUUUUCACCGGAUUUGUAUAUAUCGGUGCUUCUCUAUGCCUUUGGCUUGUCCGUGGUUGGAAGGUGGGAGAGUUGGAGCGGGCCCAGCAUCGGCACGAAUCGGGUGCUCGCGAAGACCCUCUCACAAACAAGGAUAUCCCCGGUGGAGUUAGAAAGGAUCACCCUGCAACCGUCUCAUCUACCGCGCCAUCUGAUGGCACAGUUGAUGCACAGAUUUGGGCGCCCUUCAGUCUAAUGCCAAGAAUGAUUGCCAUCAAGCGGGUGUGA